AAACAUUGUUAAAUUCAGAAACAUUUAAGUGUACUAUUAAUCUCCCUAAUAGCCAUAACAAUAAACCCUAACAAGGGUUGUGUGAUGGAGAAGAUGAGCGAUGACAUACUGUUGGACGAUUGGGAAGACGCGUUGCUGGAGCAGUUAAUCCAAACCGAAGAGCAGUUUGUCCUCACUUCCAGUUCCAGCGCACCAAAACCACUUCCUCCGCCACCGCCUCCGCCUCCUUCCGCCGUUGUUUCCUUCUCGCCCCCGCGAGAGCUCUCUCAGAGGCCCACCACAAGUAUCACUGUCGACUCGCCCUCUCCCUCUCCCACUCCCAAUCCAAUCUCCGAUAAUAAAGACCUCGAAAUCGACCGCUUAAAGAGGGAGCUGGAACAUGCGGCGAAGCAGAUUGCAAAUCUGGAAAAGGAGCGUGUCAAGUUAAAGAAAGAAAGAGACAAGAAAGAAGAUCAGCUCAAAUCCAUAUCUUCGAGGAAUGAAGAAAAUGCUUGUACUAAGUGUUCAAAGUCAAAGAGUUCAGACACGGGCCAAAACGACAGGGAUUUUGGAACUCAUGCUCCCAACUCUCAUAAAAUCUCUUCCAAAUUUCAAAAUGGAGUAUCUUCAAAUGAUCCAAUUGUUGAAACUACUUUUAAAGCUAAGGGAGUUGAAAUAGCCACUGUUAGUCAUCAGGAAGCUCAAGGUGCUCUACCUCUACGUGAUGAUCUGUCUGCUUAUCUUGAUCUCUCACAGAAGUUGCUGGCAAUAUGGGGAUCUCCAACUGACAACAAGAUGGGAACUAAUGUGAUAUCAAAGUUGCUUGUGGGUUGUCAAAGAGAUUUUCAUACUCUCUUUGGCUGCAUGAAUAUGAGCCUGCCCUCUGAAAUAACAAGAGAUUUUCUUUCAGAUUUAAGCUCUUCAGGAGUAGCUUUUCAUUACCUCAAGGAUCGUUUUCAUACUCCAGAAGCAGCAAAGUUGUCUAAUUUCUACCUUGCAUUGACAAAGAUAGCUGAUGGGACAGGUGUUUUGGAAACUCUGAUUGAGCCAUUGCUUGAUCUCUCUGGUAUGGAAAAUGUUGUUAUUAUCCAUAGCUCUCUAUGUGUACUGCAUAUGGUUCUGAAGCUCCUACUGGAAUUGGAAAAGAAUGUUGGAAGGAGGAACAAUGUCUUCAUUGAAGGACUUUGCGUUGGGAAGGGCUAUGUGGAUUCUGGUGUAAAAGAUGGAAAUAUCUUCAAUGAAGAAAUAGUAAGCAGACAAGAGUGCCAGAGCCAGCAAAAUUCCUUACAACCUCGUGUAAAUUGGAUUUAUCUUUUUGAGAUAAUGCAUCAAAUUGCCAUGAAGAUCACAGAAGAAAGAGUGAGGGUGGAGGUGGUAUCUAUUAUGAAGUUGCAUUUCCUGCGUAGUAAUGCUUACUUUGAGAGGGAGCGGUUUAGCCAGAAAAUAGUUUUUGAAACUAUUUCAGAAUUGCUAAAGAAGGAUGCUGGGUUAUCUGUGAAGAAACAUGCUCUGAGACUUCUAUAUCUAGUUCUAAAUUGUCCAAAACUGUUGGCUGCUUUCUGCUGUGGUUGCAAAGAGGGGGAUGAUAGCAGUGCUAUGGAUGUCAAUGGUUUGGCUUUACAUUUCCAAAAUUUUAAAAUCAUCCUUCAAGGAUUGUCUGAUUGUGUAGCAACUUGUAGAGGUGGUUUACUGGAGUUGAAAGUGAGCAGAAAUGCGAUUCUUGUACUGGCUUUCCUUGCAUCAUCUGGACAACUGGGUUUUGAAAUUUUUGUUGGUCAUAAGCUCUCUUGUAGAGGGGUAAACUAUCUUAUGUUGAUUUUGCAAUUACUGGUAUCAGAGAUGGAUCUUGAAGCUGGAGCACAUGAGCAGCAGCCAGAAAUUUUUAGGGAGAGGACAUUUCUGAUACGGGAGAUACUGAUAUUACUUAACAGACUAGUAUCUAAUCCUUCCUAUUCUGCCACUGUCUUGCGCGGUUUAAUGACCACUAGGGAUAUGGCUGGUUUGACCAUUGAUGUUGCAAGCAGAUUAUCUCGGAAAGAAAAGAAAACCGAGCAGCAGGACAGCAUGGUGAAGCAUAUAAGAGAAACCGAAAUUGUUGACCUUGCUCGCCUAUUCAAGAAAAGGGUGUUCACAUAUUUAGGCGAUGACUUGUAGUGAAGUGUCCUCUUCCACUGUUCAAAGUAUUUGUACAUAUGCUCGCGUCGCGUGUAUCAUUCUACUCAGGUAGGAGUUGGUGCUGAAAUGGUGGGAAGCUGAUAGGCAGCAAAGACACGCAGGUCUUUUUCUUGACAAGUUUCAGGAGUUGUGCCUGGCUGAGAAAAUUUUGAUUGGCAUGAGAAAUGCUUUUUUUUUUUGUUCAAAACUGUGUAAUUGAAAUAUUUGAGUUAGUGGUCAUUAAGUGAUCGAUGACAGGUUUGAGAAAAUGAUGUCCCAUUUUUAUUUUCUAUUUUUUUUAUAGGCAUGUACCAUUUUUUUUAAUGAGCUGAAAAUGUAAAAUUUAUCCAUGGCCA